GCCGCCGUAGUGGCUGCUCUGGCUAUUAGCCAUUCCGUUACCCGGCCAGCUCCUCCCUCGCGAUCCGUCUAGGCCUCGAGGCGGCGUGUUGCCGUUGCCAGCCCAGGCCGUGCCCUUGGCCCGCCCGCGAGAAAAGCCAGAGCAGUGCGUCCCGAGAAAUCUUCAAAAUGGAUUAAUCGAGUAGUAAUGUUGAAGCUGAAACAAAGCUGCUGUAACCAAAGACAGGAUGAGUUGGAUGUCAGGCGAUCAAGAAAAUGCCCAGGGCAGCAGUCUGGGCUCUCAUCCUUCUUUAAGGGAUGUUCAUUCCAUCAACCCGGCACAGCUAAUGGCAAGAAUUGAGUCCUAUGAAACCAGGGAGAAAAAAGGCAUCUCUGAUGUUCGAAGGACUUUCUGUUUAUUUGUCACAUUUGACUUGCUGUUUAUAACCUUGCUGUGGAUAAUAGAAUUAAAUGUAAAUGGUGGCAUUGAGAAAACACUAGAAAAAGAAGUUCUGCAUUAUGACUACCAUUAUUCAUAUUUUGAUAUAUUUCUCCUGGCAGUUUUUCGGUUCAAGAUUUUGAUACUUGCAUAUGCGCUGUGCAGACUGCGACACUGGUGGGCAAUAGCAUUUACAACUGCUGUAACCAGUGCCUUCUUAUUAAUAAAAGUAAUUGUUUCAAAGCUAUUAUCUCAGGGUGCUUUUGGCUAUGUAUUGCCUAUCAUAUCUUUCCUUCUUGCCUGGAUAGAAACAUGGUUCUUGGAUUUCAAAGUUUUACCACAAGAAGCAGAAGAAGAAACCAGACUAUUAUUAGUACAGGAUGCCUCUGAACGAGCUGCCCUUAUUCAACCUGGGCUCCUUUCGGAUGGGCAAUUUUAUUCCCCUCCUGAAUCUGAAGCAGGAUCUGAUGAAGAAUCUGAAGAAAAGCAGGACAGUGAAAAACCAGUUGUAUAACAAAUACAGCAAUUACAGAAUGAAAACUUGACUGCAUAAUAGCUUGAAGAUUGCCACUCAUGAAACUAUUAUGAUGAUGCUAGCAGUUCACUUACUGUUGAAACUCCUAGUAGCAUCAUUAAUUCAAUUAUUUAUUGAUCAAGGGAAUUUAUCCUCCUGCUCUGUAAUACCUCAUCGAAACUGUAUUGCAUCUGCAUACAUCUACACAUAUAUAUGCAGAUACUAUAUAUAUAUAUAUGUGCAUGUGUAUAUGUGUUUCUGUACAUAUAUAUAUAUAUAUGUAUAUAUGGGACUAAAUCAUGUCUAAUAUGAAGAAAUACUUGUCCAUACUGUAUUAAAUUAUGUUUGAAAUACAUCUAAUCUACUGAGAUGUGCUUGAGAAUCUAACCAGUAGGUCUUACAACUUUACAGUGAUCAGCUAAUAAUUUAGAUUUGCUAUAAUUUGUGACAUUAAUUUUAAAUUUUAUUUUUAACAAUGUAUCUUUUUUUAAAUGAAGUACACACUCUUUGUAUAUUAAAGGAACACAUUAAUAAAAUGUGAUAUCAUAGGU